UCUGUUGGGGACGCCUUGGCCAGUGAUGCCCGGCGAGGAGUAUGUAGACAAGGCCGUGGAGGUUUUCCGCGUUCCUGGCCAUCACUUGUGCCUCCGACUCCACUAUGGCGCGAAUGCAUCCAGCACCCGUUUGUCGCUCGUCCAGUGCUCCGGCUGCAUGCCAGGUACUCUGCGUCGGAUGAGUGCGCGGAGAGGAUCUCAAUGGUUGUCAUCAGCUUCGGCUUUGGCGGAGAAGGAUGAGAGGAUUGAGCUUGUGAGCAAUGGUCGGCCUGUUCACUGGGAAUCUAGCGUAUGCGCACUGGCCAAAGUUAUGGUGGUACGAUGGGAUCCAAAUCAUGGUGUGCGGAAUCAGCAGGAGGUAGAUUGGAUGAAGAAUGCUCAGCUGCCUGUGCGUAGCAAUUUUAAACGGUUCCAUGACGGCAUGCAUCCUCAGCCUGGAUGAGAGCGAUCAGCACGUGGAGAACAAACACUUUGCGUCGGUACGAGCUUUGUCUUUCUUUCCUUUUUAUUUCUUUCGUUUUCGGUUUUUGAGGAGUGGCUCCAAGCGAUUCCUACCUGGUGGCGAAGUUCCAGCGGUCCAGACUCCCAGUUCUAAACGAAACCUGAACACUGUCAAUUUGUGAUGUGUACAAUGGAAAAAUCCGAAUCAUGAUCAUCUUCAGCUAGGCCUUGUUGAUAAAAUAUGG